AGUCUCACUGGAUAAGCGCAGGAUUUUGCUUUUCCAGUCUAGUUAUUUAUUUAAUGUAUAUUUGAGGGUUCUAAAAGUUAGCAUCUUUCCUUAUUACGUACUUUUCUUUUUAACCAGUGUGGAAAGAAGAGACCCUCUGGUGGCCCUGGCCCAGGAAUACGGGGGCUCCAAACGCAACGCACUGCUGAAGUGGUGCCACAAGAAGACAGAAGGAUAUGCGAAUAUCGACAUCACCAAUUUCAGCAGCAGCUGGAGUGAUGGCUUGGCCUUCUGUGCCCUGCUGCACGCCUACCUGCCUGCCCACAUCCCCUACCAGGAGCUGAACGGUCAGGAGAAAGAAAGGAAUCUCUCGAUGGCAUUUGAAGCAGCUGAAAGCGUAGGCAUCAGACCCAGCCUGGAGCUCAGCGAGAUGCUGUACACAGACCGGCCUGACUGGCAGAGUGUGAUGCAGUACGUGGCGCAGAUCUAUAAGUACUUCGAGACAUAAAUCUGGUCACCUGCGACUUGUCCUGGAAGCACCUGGUCACUUUCCACCAACCCUGCUCCCCCCACCACCCAGUUGUCUGGAUUUCAAAGGAAGGCACAAUCUGAAUGGACCAACACACAAACAAGAAACAGAGCUAGGUUCUGCGGUGUACCCAUCCCAAAUGCGCACGUUUGGUGUGUCAGUGAAGCUUUGCUCUCCCGCAGGAUGUUUCUAAGGAGGAUGGCCUUCCUCCUUCCAGACCAAGACUCCACACCCAAAUCCAUUUCCUUGAGAAACCAGGACAACGUCGCCAAUCACAUUGGGGAUUCCCAAAUCAAUUCUUUUUCUUUUUUAAUUUAAAAAACCCUGACAUUUGCCUUUAUAAAAAUUUUGUUCUUGCCAUCUUCCCAUCCCCACCCCAAAAGAAACCAACAAACAGAAACAUUUCCCCCAGAGCGGCCUGGAAACACGUUGGCCCUGCCUUUUGGGGAAAUAUGCUCAAGUUCUAGGUGACAGUUUUAACACCUAGAAUUCAGUUCCAUUUUUAUAUCUGACGGUCCCUUAUUUGAUUCUUCUGGUGAGAAGUGAAGCAUGUGAGCACAGAGGAGCCUGUGGCACCUUGCUGAAGGGUCCCUGUGAUGUGUCCCACAGAGCGAAGUAUGCACUCGGACACACACAUGGCGGGUCGUUUACACACAAAAGGCACUGACCACCCACGCCUUUUGCCCUCCUGUUUGUUCACAUGCCCAUCACACUCACACAUGUUUGUGCCACAUACAGAAUGGACAAGGUCACGUGCAUGUGAAAUGGCCUGUGUCAGGUCUUCAGGUACUUGCGCAAUUAA